UUGGAGGAAGCAGCGGCGCUGCAGCUGCGGGGCGUGGGGGCGGCGGCUUCGGAGGCCGAGGCCGUGGCGGUGGCCCUGACCGAGGCACCGGCACCGCGACCGGGAAAGCGCUCGGCCGGGACCCCACAGGAGGCCCUAUGGAGGUGGCGGCGGGUGGAGGCUGCGGCGCGGGGCCGCCGUUGCUGCUAAGUGAGAGCGAGCAGCAGUGCUACUCUGAGCUCUUCGCGCGCUGUGCUGGCGCUGCGAGCGGGGGCCCGGGACCUGGACCCCCCGAGGCUACCAGGGUCGCCCCCGGCACUACCACUGCGGCCGCUGGUCCAGUGGCCGAUCUGUUCCGAGCGUCCCAGCUGCCACCGGAGACGUUGCACCAGAUCACAGAACUGUGUGGUGCAAAGCGGGUUGGUUAUUUUGGUCCAACACAGUUUUAUGUUGCCCUGAAAUUGAUUGCUGCAGCACAGUCUGGCCUCCCAGUACGGACAGAGAGUAUUAAAUGUGAACUGCCUCUGCCUCGCUUUGUGAUGUCAAAGAGUGAUGCUGAGAUACGGUUUGGGAACCCAGCUGAGCUGCACGGAAAGAAAGUUCAGAUUCCAUACUUAACCACCGAAAAGAAUUCCAUCAAAAGAAUGGAUGAUGAGGAUAAACAGCAGGAAACACAGUCUCCCACGAUGUCACCCCUCGCCUCCCCUCCUUCUUCCCCGCCUCAUUACCAGAGGGUGUCCUUGAGCCAUGGCUACAGCAAACUGCGGAGCGGCACAGAACAGAUGCAUCCAGCUUCUUAUGAAACUAGGCAGCCCAUUGGCCAGACGGAAGGAUCCUCCUCAGAGGGUCCAGGAUCCAAACCCCUUCGUCGUCAGGCAUCUCUUAUUCGGUCCUUUUCAGUGGAGAGAGAACUGCAGGAUAACAGCACUAAUUACCCAGAUGAGCCCUGGAGGAUAACGGAGGAACAGCGGGAGUACUAUGUCAAUCAGUUUCGGUCCCUCCAGCCGGACCCAAGUUCCUUCAUUUCAGGGUCUGUGGCCAAGAACUUCUUCACCAAAUCCAAGCUCUCCAUCCCAGAACUCUCUUAUAUCUGGGAACUCAGUGACGCUGACUGUGAUGGAGCCCUGACCUUGCCUGAGUUUUGUGCUGCAUUUCAUCUCAUUGUAGCACGAAAGAACGGCUACCCACUGCCAGAGGGCCUGCCUCCGACUUUGCAGCCAGAGUACUUGCAAGCAGCUUUCCCGAAAUCCAAGUGGGAGUGUGCAAUAUUUGAUUCUUACUCUGAGUCAAUGCCAGCAAACCAACAACCCUGUGACUUGAAUCGGAUGGAGAAGACAUCUGUUAAAGACAUGGCUGACUUUCCUGUUCCUACCCAAGAUGCGACUACUGGUGGUGACAAACAAGCUUUGAAAAGUACUGUUAAUGAACCCUUACCAAAGGACGUGUCUGAGGAUACAGCAACUUCUAAGGACUGCAACAGUCUCAAAGCAAGACCAAGAUCCAGAUCUUACUCUAGCACCUCCAUAGAAGAGACCAUGAAAAGGGGUGAGGACCCUCCCACCCCGCCACCACGGCCACAGAAAACCCAUUCCAGAGCCUCCUCCUUGGAUCUGAAUAAAGUCUUCCAGCCCAGUGUGCCAGCUGCUAACUCAGGAUUGUUACCACCCCCCACCACCGCACUUCCUCCAAGACCUUGUCAAACACAACAGUCUGAGCCAGUGUCUGAAGCUGACUUACACCCUCAGCUGAACAGAGCUCCUUCCCAAGCUGCAGAAAGUAGUCCAUCAAAGAAGGAUGCACCACAUGCUCAGCCUCCAUCAAAGCCUAUUCGCAGGAAAUUCAGAACUGAAAAUCAAACUACAGAAAGCCAAGAGCCUGCUGCUGCUGUUGGAGGGGCAGCUUCUGCAGCAAUGGUGAAGCCUCAUCCAACAGUACAAAAGCAGUCUUCCAAACAGAAGAAGGCAAUUCAGACUGCCAUCCGCAAAAAUAAAGAGGCCAAUGCAGUGCUGGCCCGCUUGAACAGCGAGCUUCAGCAGCAGCUGAAGGAGGUUCAUCAAGAACGGAUCGCAUUGGAAAACCAAUUGGAGCAACUUCGUCCAGUCACAGUGUUGUGACAUCCUCAAGGCUUGAGUGACAGUGGGUGACCUUGUCUGCCAAGAUCUUUCUUUUGAGUGCUUGAGCCCAACUACUUGUCAUAGAUGUUUGAAUGUCAAAAGCUGUGAGCAGCACAAUAUAAUCUGUAUGAUUUUCUCUUUAGCACUCCUCUUAUAUAUUUUACAGUGCUAGUAAAAAUGUCUUCAACUGAUUAUUGCACUUAAAAUCUUAAUUAUCAGCUACUUGGGAGGCUGAAGCAGGAGGGUCACAAGUUCAAGGCCAUAUUGAAAAGCUUAUUGAGACAUUGUCUGAAAUAAAAUAUAAAGAGAGAGAGCUAGGGAUAUAGUUCAGUGGUAGAGUACUUGCCUAAUACACAGAAAACCCCCAGUUUAAUCCUAAGUAUCAUUUAAAAGCUAUAAUUGUCAGUGGAGUUUAUCUCCCAUUUAACCACUUUUAAAUAUUUCUCCUUAUUGAAAUUGGUCUUCUAACAGAUAUUUCAGAGAAUUAUUUAAAGAAUUUAUUAUUUUUACAAAACUUAAUAAUGUACUACCAGGCUGUUUAUUUUAUUCUUAUAUGUAUGUUAUAUACAGUAGGUUGGUUUCCUGAAUAAUGUAGAUUUCAACUGGAUAGUCUUAGGCAUGAUAAUAAUAAAAACAAAAAUUGAAAUGCAAUUAAAGCAUCAGAUUUAUACUGACACUGUACCCUCUACCACUAUAUGUCAAAAACUACUUCUCUAGUGCCAUUUUGAUAUAUCAGCUAUAAAUAAUACAUGACUAUUGUUUUCUGUUAAGUAUCAGAAUGGGUCUUUAUACUUCUGUGGAAUGGAGAUUUUGACAAUGAACUGUUCAGCUUGGCCAAUCUAGGCCAUCAACUUAGAUAACUCAAUCCUUUUCGUGUAAAUUUUGGGGCAAGCACAAUUUACUUUAAUUGCCUUGCCUGAUCAAAUUAGUUUCCAGAUCACUACUUUUAUGCUACAUGGGAUAACAUUUCUAUAAACACCUGAGCUUGGAAACCACCCAUCGAAAAUGAGUAGCAGAUUGCUAGCUAUUUGUUGUUGUACCCAGGUAUCCAGGCCGAGAAGGGAAGGGUAAUGGCUACCAACUCUCCAACAAUUCCUGUUGUCUUUAUGUUAAUCUGGAUUUCAAAUGUAUUGGGCCUGGAGACAUCAUGAAAGAAUGUAAUCUUCCCACUGGCUUCAUAACUAUUUGUUCUCUGUAAAGUGUGCCUGUGGGAAGUAUUGGCUUUAUACACAGUUCAGAAGAUCUCAGCUGACUCUAGUGGAAGUGUCAUAAAGCAAGCUCAAAUUGUUGAAAGCCAGUAUCCUGUAGAAAUUUAGUAGUAUAGCCCAUCUGAAAGUAGGAAAUGACUGACAUAUAGGGUCACAGGGUUCCUGGUUCACCCAAUGUUAGCAUCACUUUGAUAGCAUGGUCUGCUGUCUCUUGUGCAUUUUGCCAACUUACUCAUUCUUUUGAUAGUGGGAUGUGGUGUGCACAGGGUACUUUUUGAAAUGGUUUUGGAUAGAUUUACAAUAUGUAAGAUUAAGCUGUUGAUUUCAGUAGAACUGAGAGUGUUUAGUAAAAAUAGGAAUUUAUUUAAUACUUCCCUGUUCCUUUGGCAACAACAGAAGAGAAGGAUUCAAACAGAUGAUGUUUUUUUCAAGGAAAAAUGGUUGAAUCUCUUCCAUGCAUAUUUAAGGAUUUGAAACUGAUUUGAUUUGGGAAGUCUUAAAACUUGAACUAUUUCUGCAUUUCCUUUUCUCCUUUGGCUGCCUUUUUUGUUGUUGUUCUUAUGGGGAGGGCUCAGGAUUGAGUUUAACCCCCUCUAAGAUUAUGAAUGGGUCAGUGCAAAUUCCUAAGUGACUGACUUCUUUUUUCCAUGUGCUGGGACGUAGGGGCUGUGACAAAUUUCCAACAGGGUUCUGAUUGCAGAUGUUCCACAGCACGUUUGGCAUUUGGUGCAUUCAGUACAGAAAAGACUAACACACACCUUAUCUCAGAAUCUUCCAGUGCAUGUGCCCUCAUUUGGGAUAGCACUUCAUAGCUACCAAGCAGACACAACCUAAGGGAUGCUAGUUUAUACUGUGAAUUCAAAAACGCUGACUUGCUGUUUCCCCCGGAAGUAAAUGACACUGGGUGAAGAGAUUGGAAUUUUAUUUAGUUGACAUUGUUUUCCUUAAAGGAUAAAACUUGCAUUGGACAAUCAAGGCCCUCUGAGUUUCACAGCCUCACCCGUGAUGCUGUGACGCUGGGGAUCAAACCCCAGACAGCAUCCAUUCUAGACAAAUUCAGCCCAUCACCAAUAUUUUAAUUUUGUCCUUGCUCUAAAACACUCACCAAUAAAUAUCACACACACACACACACACACACACACCCCACAGAGUAUUCUUAGCUGGGCUUAAUUUUAUCAUCAGUUUAUUAGUUGCUUAGAAAUAGAUUUUUAUACUGAAAUAUUUUGUUUCUAUCUAAAUGCAUAUUAUUAUAUGACUAGUAUUCAUUCUUUUUUCCUGUGUUUUCUUAGAAUGUUCACUUUUAGGAUUAUAAUACCUGAUACUGCUCUUUAGAGUCUUUAACAUGAUAUAGGAAGGCAAAUACAUUGAAAUCACCUAUAAAACUGCUCUGGAAUUAGUUGCCAUCUGUUACAGAAAGAAGCUUCUCUGAUGAGGGAUGUGAGAUGCAGAUUUGCUGGUUGUGCAGAAUUCUACAGAAUGAAGGUUAACACGUCUCCAUUCAUGGGGGUUUAAUUGCCCUGUUGCUCAAUGGUCUUACUGCAUAGGGAUCCUCCAGUUCUACAGAUGAAAGCACAGUAGUAACUGAUUGUGGGCUUAUUGGGGUCUUUAGCAUCUCUUGUAAGUGGUAUACAGCAUGUGGCCGCCUUUCUAUCCAUAGACCUAAAGCAAAAAACCAAAUGGUAAAUAGCAAAAUUGGAUGUGUAAUGUGAUAAUCAAGGCAGAUAUUUGUUCUAGUUGAAAAGAUCUAAGCACUUUAUAAGUAUCAAACAAAUUUUUGGUACUAAUUAAGAAGGGAGUCUGCUAAGUGGAAGCUGGGCCCGUGUGAAUGUUAGAGCUAGGCAGGGCCAGUGUUUCUCUCCUAUAGCUAGCAUUCGAAAAUUAUAGCCCUAAGAACUAGGAGCUUUUGGCCCAGGAAUUCACAGAAAUAGUUAGCUAGUGGUAGAGUUGGGAUGCUAGCCUGAUUUUAUAGAUUCCAACGUAGUCCUCUCUCUAUCCUAAAAGUAGAUUAGAAAGCCUUUUCUAUUUAUCAUGUUGAAUUUUAUUGACUUAAAAUUAGUCUUUAAAUAUAAAAGUGUCUUCUAAGGAGUUUUAGGUCUAGACAUUUCUCUCAAAGUUAAAUAAAAUUAAAAUUUGAGGGAAAAUAGUAUUAUGAAACUAUUCUAAUGCCUCACCUUUGAUGAUGUAGUACAUUGCUUCAAAUCUUGGCAGAACUUCCGACAGCUAUUGCUUUGAAUAGAUUCCAGUCCAAUAUUUCUGUGGGCAUUUACUUUCUCAAAUAUACUGCUAUGGUAAAAGUGAACUCAAUAUGUAGUAGCUUCUAGUUUUCUCCAGUAUAUCUUUGGUCGCUUGGGUCACAAAUGUUCCAUUUUAGCACAUUUUAGAGAUAAGAAAUCAAAAACCAUGAACUUUUCUUUUGACUUCCUACCAAUGUCUGAACUAUUGUAAAAUAGUUUUUCUUUUGCUGUGUUCGAUUGCAUAGUAUUUCUGAACAUUUGUCUGUGUCCUGAAUGGUCUCAUAGCCAUGGACAUAAUAGAUACAUAAUUGGAAUAUCACUUAGACAAUAUCUGGAAUUGAUGUGAUUCUUGCAAUCAAGAAAGACAUUUGAAAAUCUCUUUUUCUAAGCAGUAGUUUAAAGAGCUCAAUUAUGGUAUUAACACCUUAAAGCUAAAACAUUUGUUCAACACAAACUACAGUCACACCUCUGACUAGAUGUCAUCAAGGAAAUGAGGUCUUACAAAUGUAAAACCAAUUUACCAUCUUAUCAUAAAUAGAUUGCCCCUUGCCCCGUAUGACUGACAAAGAGGCUCAUUGGGUUGUGGUUUGAACAUUGUGGGUGUGAAGAAAAAAAAGUAGUGGCUAAAGAAAUCUCCCCCUCUCACGAAAUACAACAUGAGUGGCUUUCUUUUCUCUUUCCAGCCGAUUAAUUCUACUUCAAGUGUUCCCUUAAAACUCAGGCUUCAACAGAUCAGUUGACUUUCCACUCCAGUUAUGAGUGUUAUAGUUUUUUUGUGUCAUGACUCAGUGUGAUUGAAGUUCCUAGUAAGAAGCGAUGAUGUGGAUGUGUGCAAUUUUCAGCUUGCACAUCUUGCUUCUCUUUCAUCCUGGCUUAUGGAGACAGCCCACUAGCGUAGACAGGUUGGUCACUGAUGGCAAUUUGAAUUAAUAUUACAGUGGACCAUUCUGUCUCGCUUGUUUCUGAAGAGAAAUGCAUCUAAUUAUACGAAUCUCUCAAGAAUAGCCGACAAGGAGGACCAGACAUUAAAAACAAAGCAUGCGGAUUCUGAGAGCUGCUGCUCAGUCCAAACAGGCUUUCAGAGGACAUCUUAUAAAUGUGCUAGAAGCAGCCACUGUGUGGUUAUGAGCUGGGCAGCUCAGGUAGUUAGUUUUAGGCUUGUAGGAUUACUUUCUACUUUGACUAAACACACAUGGUGGUAAAGGACACAUGGACAUCACUGCCUGUUGCCGUUACUGGUACCCGCUCUGUCUGCAGAAGCCUAAGUUUCCUGGCAACUAUUAGAGAAUGCUUAGUUUGCAUGUCUUGUGAUUUCUCCUGUCUUGCUCCUAGUUGAUAUCAUGGCUGUGGGAAGUUAGUGACACUAGGUUUAUGACUCUGAAGACCAGAGGACAGCAGGCUUUAAGAGGGCUUAAAGGGAUUCGAGGACUAGAGUAAGAAAACCCUCAGGUACCAGGUUCAUAGCAGUCUGGGCUAAUAGGGCUAGAUCCUAAAGUUCUUUCAGGGAGCUCUGUCAUGAGACUGAACACAGAACCUAUGAUAUGCCACUUUGAUCAACUAAGUUGUAGUUUUUGUUUCAAGUCAACUUACGCAACAGCUUCCACUGUGCCUAUCUUGGGAAGCAGGAAUACCCUCUUCUUUAGAACUAGAAUCGCCAUUCCUUUCAUCUUCAACACAAGUAAGGUAUGUAAGUGAGCCAGAGGCAAAAAGAGCCAUUUUAGUCUUCAUAGUUAUUGGCUAAGAGAGAUAAUGAGCUGACUGUCUAUUUUAACCUUGAAGGUAAAAAUGUAUAUUAUAUUUUUUCACUGCAGGUACACGUAACAGUAAACAGUGUAACAGAAAAGUAUAUAUUUGAUGCUUUCUGUCUUUUCAUGAUCUUGUGCUAACAAGCUGUGCUAAUAUUUAACUCAACUAGAGUCUUGUUCAUUUGCUAAGCAUUGGGAACAUUCUGUGUAUUUACCUUAAGCAUAAAUAAAUCCCCGAGAGUGUCCUAUAUUUGGAUUGUGAUUUGUAGACUCAUGCUAACUUUACUGCCUCCUUUUCACACUUGUUGAAAAAACCUGUGAAGAACAUAGUAAGUUAAGGAUUUCCAACUUGGAAAAUGUACAUGAUGUGAAACUGGGGUGCUACGUUAAAAAUAAAUAUGAUAACUAAAUGGUU